AUGAAGAAGAUACUAUACGUGUACGGCGUACUAAUUUUGUGGGUAUUUGUGUUGAGCUUACUUUUGAUAACAAAGAAAGGUUUCAUUGCUGAUCACUCAUUUCAGUCACAAAGUUCAAUAACGUACAAUGAAAACAUAAUAAACGACAGCAGACGAGGCAGAAUAUCCUACAAAAACAUUGACUUAGAGUUCUCAUUCAUAUUCGAACCUACUGAAAUAUGUAAAUGGAACCCACACUGGAUAAUAUUCAUACAUUCGGCUCCAAAAAAUACUUUACAAAGAAACGCUGUUCGGACGACAUGGGGCAAGGACUGUUUCAACUCUUCAAGUCACAAUAUCAGCUGUGUUUUCGUGGUUGGGACGACACGUGAUGAUAACAACGCAAUCAGUGAACUAAAAUCUGAAACAAAUUUUUUCAAAGAUGUUAUUGUUGUUAACAUAUCUGAUACGUAUGCAAACUUAACUUAUAAAACAAUGGCAGGGUUGAGGUGGACUGAUUUAAAUUGUCAAAGUGCACGUUUUGUUAUGAAAACAGACGAUGAUAUGUUUGUGAAUACAGAGUUACUGCAAGCAUCUGCUUCCAAAUAUAAUUCUUCGCAUUUUAUCGGUGGUCGCUGUUGGGGCCCGGCAAAACCAAUACGUAACAAACAAUCUAAAUGGUUUGUAAGUAUUGAACAAUACAACCGGACGCAUUAUCCAGUAUUUUGCAGUGGAUCAGGAUAUAUCAUAUCUAAAGACUUAAUUCCAAAACUUUUGAAUAUAUCUGCAAAGAUUCCUUUUCUUUAUUUAGAGGACGUUUAUAUUGGGCUGUGUGUUAACGCAUUAGGUUACACGCCUAAAAACUUAAAUGGAUUUAAUAAUGGAGCGGUAAAAAUGUCGAAAUGCAACUAUUCUAAAUCAGUCAUAACAGCGCACGGAUUUAAUCCAAUAAGAUUUUGGCACGUAUGGGAAGAUAUUCAACAGUGUAGGAAUGGAUCUGUUAAAGACACGAGGACUACGCCCUAAAUGUUUUAAUAUACAUGUCAUCGUUCAUGACUUGUGAUAGAAAGUUGAGAGUUAAAUAAUUAAGAUUGCCACAAUUAUUGUAUGGACCAAUUGUAGAGAUUUUGAUCUGUUAAUUAACUUCGAUACAAAUUAUUGUUGUAAGACAUUUUCGAUGAUUUAACAAUUUAUGCUAGGUUAAAAAAGUUCAAUAAAUUAGAAAGAUUAUAUACUUACAAGAAUGUGUUUACUGUUAAUGUGAUACAUUACAUGCUGGCAUAUUGUUGCAUGGAGAUGAUUGUUCACAUAGACUGAUGUACAUACUUUUCUUAGUCAUCUUGAACUACUUAAUUUCUUUUGUCUUCCUAAACUUAUAAACUUAAUUGAUAACAAAGUCUUUGAUUUGUUAAUAAUUAUUUACCAUUUUUAAGUUAAAAGUGGAGUUAAGCAUAUUUUCCUUCCUCUAACAAAUGUACACAUAAUUUGUAAAAUGGUUAACAUUUGUAUUGAAUUCAGUCAUCAAGGUAAUGACAUAUGCUUUUUGUUUAUAUUCAUGCUAUAGAACAAUACUCAUUUGCAAUACAUUAUUGUCCGUACAUGGAUUUUCUUUCUUCUUUUUUUGUCAAUAACAUGAACACACUCAUUUAAUGUUUAUUAUGGAAUGUUAUUCUUAGGCAUUCUUAUUUUUCUUUUUUACAUAAUAAACUUGACUACGCUUCCAAAUAAGAAAUUAUGUCUGUUUACUUGCGCUUCAGACUGUACGCUCUGUUUACAUUUUGGUCAAACGUC